AUGCGGCCUGUAGGAGCGCUUCAUCAUGCGCGCAGCGCGCUGCGAGGAUGGGGCGCAAGCAGUGGCUGGCGCAUCCAGCAGCGGGCACUGCGGUCGGCGCCACCCACGCUCUUCUACGCCCGCGGCACCGGCAGCCCGCACGGCGCCAGGCCCGCGCUGUACGAGCAACAGUGCUUCGCGCCCCGCUGGCUUGUGUGCUCAUUGUACAGCGACGCGGGGGCGUCCGUCGCCGUCGCGGCGAGCGCCGCUGAGGCGGAAGCCAAUGGCGCACCCGAGGCGUCCGAGGCUGCGGAGGAGCAGGACGCCCAGGCGCACCAGCUGCGGCAGGAGCAGCAGCAGCAGUGGGAGGCCGAGCUGGAGGAGACCCUGAAGCUGGUGCACCUGCUGCCUGAGUCAGUGCGCACCGCCCUGGAGUCCCAUGACCGGCUGUACGAGCUGCUGGAGGUGGUGAUGGACCUGGGGCGGCCCCCGUUGGCACGCUUCCCCUCUGGUGACCUGCGGCUGAGUGACAACCUGGUGACGGCGGAGGACCUGGAGCAGGCAGUGGCUAAGGUCGGCGAGUUUGGCGGCGACAACCGCGCCGGCAUCGACGCCACGCUGCACCGCAUCAGCGCCAUGCGCAACCGCUCCGGCCGCAUCGUCGGCCUCACCUGCCGCGUCGGGCGCGCGAUUACGGGCAGCGCGGAGCUCGUCAGGGACCUGAUUGUCGCGGGCUCCUCAAUCCUGUUCCUGGGCCGCCCCGGCGUCGGCAAGACGACGGCGAUCAGGGAGCUGUGCCGGCUCUGCGCGGACGAGCUGAGCAAGCGGGUCGUGAUCGUGGACACUAGCAACGAGAUCGGCGGCGACGGGGACGUGCCGCACGCGGGGAUCGGGCGGGCGCGGCGGAUGCAGGUGGCGGACCCCGAGCAGCAGCACAGGGUGAUGAUCGAGGCGGUGGAGAACCACAUGCCGCAGGUGGUGGUCAUCGACGAGAUCGGCACGGAGGCGGAGUGCUCCGCAGCGCGCACCAUCGCGCAGCGCGGCGUCCAGCUGUUUGCGACGGCCCAUGGCAACGAGCUGGAGAACGUGGUGAAGAACCCCGCGCUGUCAGACCUGAAGUCCAUCCAGGAGCGCGCCGCGCCGGCCACCUUUGACGUCGCCGUGGAGAUGCUGGACCGCAUGCGGUGGCACGUGCACACGGACGUCGGCGCGGCUGUCGAUGCCAUGCUCGCGGGGCAGCACCCGGGCGGCCAGUCGCGCGAGCGCGCGGCGGACGGCACAAUCCUCAAAUACAACUACAACCCCGCGAUCCCCAGCACGCGCGGCGGCGUCGGCGCCAAGCAGCAGGCGCGGUCCCCGCUGCCUGACGGCGCGGCGGCCGCCGGCGGCGGCGGGGGGGCUAGGAGCAUCGUGCUGUCGAGCGUCGACGACGGGGAGGGGGCGCUGCGGACGCCGCCGGCGGGGGCGCGCGGCGGCGGCUUUGUGCGGCGCAGCGUGCCGGUCGCGGGCAAGGAGAAGGGGCCGGUCUCCGGUUCCAUCGUGACGCGCCGCGGCCGCCGCGUGCAGCUGGGCACAGACAGCCCCGAGGAUGCGCUGCUGCGGCUGCACAUCGCGGACCUGGACGAGGAGAGGGUGUGGGAGGUUAUGACGGCCAUGGCCCUGCACGACAAGUGA